UACUGACAAGAGUAAGACAUCAGAUAACUGCAGAAAUAUGGAAGAAGAAAGCAAGAGAAAAUUAAAGGAGCGAUGCGCCCUGAGGCAGGAUAUCAUCAAAGAGUUCUUGGCGGAGUUUUUGGGAAUAUUUGUAUUAAUAGGCCAUGCUGUUGGCCAUGCUGAUUAUCCGAAGGCAGCUCCUUUCCCUAGUCUGUCCUCUGCACUCCACCUGUCACCUGGGAAGGUUCAUCUCUGUGUCUGAGUGGCCCAGCUCAAGUCUGCAGCAGCUCUGUCUCAUCACAAGCUUAUAGGGGCUCUGUGGUCUGUGGCACCACAUUAAUGCACUAAUCCUGUCUCCAAAACAGAUUCAGCUAUUUUUGGAUGGUCGCCCUUCUUUGAAUACUUUGGUCUUAAUUGAUUCGUGUUGUUACCAAGAAAAUGGACGAUUCAUUGUUUUCCAUCAGAAAAUGGGGCAACCUCUGUGGAAUUCCUACAAGGGACGGGGAGGUCCUAUUGAUCUCAAAUGCUUCCUAAUUAAAAAGAACAGGCCAGUCUAACUAUGGGCAUAAUUAAGAAUUUCAAAACAAGGAGUCUUUCUUCUUCCAGCCAAUGUGUUUUUGCUACUGUGUCCCUGUCCUUAUCUGUGUGUGUGUGUGUGUGUGUGUGUGUGUGUGUGUGUGUGUGUCUGACUGUGUGUGUCUGACUGUGUGUGUCUUUUUCUGCCUGUAUUUGUCUGCCUGUCUGUGUGUGCCUGCAUUUGUCUGUGUCUAUCUGUGUGUGUCUGAAUGUAUUUGUCUGUGUGUGGAUGUCUGUGUGUGUGUGUGUGUCUGUGUAUUCCUGUGUCUGUUGUGUUGUGUCCCAGCUCUUCGGGUGUGGCUCAGUGGCCCAGACGGUGCUCAGCAAGGGGGCUCAGGGAGAGCCCCUCACCAUCCACAUCGGCUUCACUCUGGGAGUGAUGAUGGCUGUCUACGUGGCUGGGGGAGUGUCAGGAGCCCAUGUCAACCCUGCUGUCUCUCUGGCUAUGGUGAUCCUGGGUAAGCUGCCCAUCAAGAAGUUCCCAGUCUAUGUGGUGGCACAGUUUCUGGGAGCCUUCGCUGGAUCCUGUGCAGUCUAUGGGCUGUACUAUGAUGCCCUCAUGGUCUACACGGGUGGAGUUCUGUCAGUUACUGGGCCAAAUGCUACAGCUAACAUAUUUGCAUCCUACCCUGCGCCACACCUCUCAGUCCUCAACGGAUUCGUAGAUCAGGUAAUCGCAACAGGUGCCUUGAUCCUGUGCAUCCUAGCCAUCACUGAUGGGAAGAACAUCGGUGCUCCCAAAGGGAUGGAGCCCCUCUGCAUCAGUCUGAUCAUCAUGGCCAUCGGAGUGUCCAUGGGCCUGAACUGUGGCUACCCCAUAAACCCUGCUCGUGACCUGGCCCCGAGACUGUUUACUGCCGUGGCUGGCUGGGGCAUGGAAGUGUUCAGUGCUGGAGGAUGCUGGUGGUGGAUUCCAGUGGCUGGGCCCAUGGUGGGAGGCCUGGUAGGAGCUGCCAUCUACUUCCUCUUCAUAGAGCUGCACCACCCUGAGCCCGAAAAACAGGAGGAGAACAACGUCCAGGACAAAUAUGAGAUGAUCACCAUGAGUUAAACAGGAGUGACAGGGCAUCGUGGAAUCCUAACUCUCUUUACCCUCAGCAAGCAAAAUGUCUGCCUCAAUGAGAGUUUAUUUUUUAUUCUCAGUCCUAAUUAAAAAAAAUGUACCUUAUACUCUCAUAACAGUGUAUUUGGGAGAUUUAUAUAUUUUCAAUUUUGUCAUAUUUGUAUGACAAAAUUGUGAGACAUUUUUGGUAGCACUUCACCUGAAGGGGGUGAAGUUCCAUAAGCAUUCAUGGCACAUUCAUGAAAUCACUCAUAAAAUGUUCUAUGAAAACUAUCAGUCAUUACAACAUUGAUAUCAAAAAUGAAAUAUGGGCUUCAACAUGCAUCAUUAAUGUUAGAAAUAGGAAAGUGAAACACCUUUCACAUAUAUUCAAACAAUCAGAUUAUACAUUUUGAAAAUUACCUUCAUUUUGAAUUCAUGCCGAAUGAAUGUGCCAUGCAUGGAGGUCUGAAUUAUAUUUCCACACACAUGAAGGUGUAAAGAAUGCUUAGAAAAUAGCCCUGUCACUCAAAUUAAUGUUUCUGUAUGUUUGCAAGCCAUCUACAGUACAAAACAAAUAUCCCUGUGAUCCUGUGAUGUAUAGGCUACAGUCCGAAAUUCAAUUCUAAGUGUUUAUCAAAGGGACCUGAGGCCCCUUUGGUCCUGAGAUCCCCCAGUCUCAGUGCACUUCCACUGACACCAUAAGACCAACACCUGAUACGGACUAUAUUUUAUUCUGUAGGGGUUAGGACAGUGCACUGAUUUUAAAGAAGUUCAUGAGAUUUGUGUGGAAAGUUUACCAAGUUUUUAUCCAAUUGUCUAAUUUCCAAGCUGUCAGGCAGUCAGAAGUAGUAACAGUAAGUUAUUGAGAAACGUAGAAAAAAAGCCACAGUGAUGUCAGGGAUGGUAAAGAGAAAGCGUGGAUAUUUUUAGUUGUUGGCUAGGUUACUGGUAUGUUCUCUGGAUUGUGUUCCCUCUUAUGCCUCACUUCAUCCCUGCAUUUGUCACAGUUGUGUGAUUUCGCUCUGCCUGCGACACAGGACUUCAUCCCUGCAUGUGCACCAGAACACACACAUCUCUGUGUCGUGCUCUCUAACGCUCAGUCUUGUUUCUCUUCUGUAGUUUUUAUAUUUCCACAUAGAAUGCAGAAAAAUACAGCCUUAAUCGGUGUGAAAUGAGCCACACACUGGUCUGUUUGAAGUGUCUCUGAGCGUAGAGUUGUGUGUCGUGACAAGUGCUGCUUCUAAAUUAUUGUAAUCUACUUUUGUUUCCUCUUAUAUAAUGUUCAAGUUGUCUUGGAAAAUGUCAGAAUGGCAUGAAAAGCAGAAACGUUUAAUAGCUAGCCCUGCAUGAAAGUAUAUACAUGACAUGAUGAGUCCACUGAGAGAUAAGUUUACUCCAGCGAUCCUAGGCCAAAAAGGAAACUUUCUUUACAAAUGACACUGUUUGAUAGUAAGACACUAGACAGUAGACACUUCCUUAAUAUUGUUCAUUAUUGAUACAUAGUUUUACAUGGUACAGCAAAUUCCCAGAUAGGGCUUUGUCAUGUAGCAAUAACAUUAGCUCAUCUCUUUUUGAACGUGGUGAAAGGGACUUUACGCAGCUAACCAUAAUUUUAAAAAGUUAUUCUAUAAGUUAUACUACAACUGUGAUACCUAUACCCUUAAUUUGACGGACAGCAUUAUAUAAAAUAAUAAAUCAAUGUGCAGAAAUUAAAUUUCCAUUAUUAUUAGGAAAUUGUGGUAACUAUUAAUGAGAUGAUACUACUGACCCUGGUCAUUGCAUUGUGAUGUUAUUGUAACACACAACUGUACAUUAUGUGAUCUUUACGUGGCUUACCUGUGAACCAGAAAUAUAAUGCAGGCAGAAAAAUAAAGCCUUUGAAGUAUUAAUUUGUAUUCCCAUUAAAAUGCAUCUUCGUUUAUGUAGUGGUUUACUUUCCUAUAUGUCUAGUCCUAGCAUUUGCAAAAAUGUGUUUGUAGUUGUCUCUGAACUUUCACUGACACAUGUAUUUCUCUGAUUCUGCUUCUACUAACACAAUAUUUUCCUUUUAAGUGCUAUACAUACUUGUUUGUAAAAGUAAUUUUGACAUUUCUAUACCGUACUUGUAAUGUAGAUUUGAGAAAAAUAAACACUUGUUGUGGAUUUA